UGAUUUGCUCAUGAUUGAUGGUUCACAUAGGAUAGUACGUGCUACAUAUACGGUGAUUUGAUGCUAGCUGAAAGCAAAUAAAAAGUUGAUACACCUCUAUCCUAGACAUGCUGUUCGCUCGCUGUUACAUACUGCAAGUGUUUCUACUUACGUUCAUCGACUCGUCUGCCACGCGAAGUGAACGACUCUGUGGAAGCCUCUUAGCUCCUACGUUAUUGGACGCCUGCAUCACCAGCAUAAAAACAGUCUCGCACAGGUUUAACAUACCAUAUGCUACGCCUUUAUUUAUAAAGUCGUAUCUCCAUCGUCUCAAAGCCAACCCAAUACCCUUUACGCCAAAGAACUAACAAUCCAACCAGACACAAAUCAUCACAUGCAGCUAACUUUACGCA